UGGGACCACCGCACCGCUGCGAGUACAGCGACCGCGCAUCUCAAUCUAGAGACUCCAUCAGCGCCCCACGAGCUCGAACCAGCCCACCUCGUCAAGUGCCCGCCUCGCUCACCUCGCACUGCACCGCCCUCGCCCGACUCUCUCACCUCGAUGGCCGCCAACCUCGCCGCCUCGUUCGAGUUGCUUCACGUCCACGCCGUGUACGACCAGAUCGCCGCCGACUUCUCGCGCACUCGCCACUCGCGCUGGCCCUUCGUCGAGCGCUUCUUUGAACGUCUCCCUCCAGGUGGACUCGUCCUCGACGCCGGCACGGGCAACGGCAAGUACCUCGGGUGCCGUAGCGUCCUCGCGUGGGACGGCAAGGCCGCCGACUCGCUCCCUCGUCCGCCGCCCAAGGGCAAAGCGCGCGCCCUCGAGCCCGCCAACGAGCCGCACGACGACGAGCGCACGCCACCGCCGAGGAGCGACCUCUUGCCGGUCGGGUUCGACAUGAGCGCCGGCCUGCUCGGCAUCGCGAGCUCCAAAGGUCACGAGGUCGUCCGAGGCGACUGCGUCGACUUGAGCUGCUGGCGGCGAGGCGCUUUCAACCACGCCAUCUCGAUCGCGACCAUCCACCACUUUGCGACGCCCGCUCGCCGGGCCGAGUCGGUCAAGCAAAUGAUCCUCGCCGUCCUCCCUCCCUGUCCUCCCACGUCCUCCUCGUCCUCGUCCACUCGCUACCCAUCCUCGCCCGCACCACCUCCGUCCAAGCUCCUCAUCGUCGUCUGGUCCGUCGAGCAGGACCCGUCGCUCGCCGCUCGCGGCGGCGACCGCAGCGCGCGCCGCACGACGGGCGGCAAGAAGGGCGCCGUGCCCGUCGACGCGCCGCUCGAGGGUUCGCGCGAGGCGCAAGUGGGAGGUGAGGGAGCGGGAGAGCGUGCGGGCGCGACCGGGAAGGGCCAGGACGUGUUCGUGCCGUGGGAGCGCCAGGAGCAGGUGCCGAGGAAGCGGGACAAGGGCACGCCACGCGAUCGGCGGCCCAAGAUGGGGCCCGAUCCUCCUGCGGCCGGUCAAGCAUCUCCUGCAUCGACACCGCCGUCGCGCGACCCGGCGCCCGAGCCCGCAACCGCCGCCGGCGACACCGCCGCUCCCCUCGACUCGACCCUUUCCCCUCCUCCUGCUCCCGCCGCCACCGACCCGAAACCGACCUUCAACCGCUACUACCACCUCUUUCAGCAGUACGAGCUUUCGGUGCUCGUCGCGCGUGCGGCGCAGCAGCUCGGGCUCGCGUUCGCGGCGCCAGACGGGUACGUGCUCGGCGACGAGGCGCGCGAGGGCGAGGCGGGCGAGCGGGAGGGGCAGGACGAUGACGGACGUCGAGAUGGAGGAGAGGUAUGCGCGAGGGACGAGGACUGGGAGGCGUACGUCGAGCUCGAGGAGGAGAGGUGGGAGAGGGAGAACUGGGUCGUCGAGGUCGCGGUCGGCUGGAGGAGGCGGCUCGACGCGCGAGCAGCGCAGCACAGAGCGUAGCCUUGCCACGACGAGCAACUCUCGAGCUCA